AUGGCGCCGAAAUUUGUGACGUUUAUGUUUUUGAUGUGUUACGUGAUCGUGAAAAAUGUUGAAUCGGCUAAGCUCCAAGCUCUACCAUUACCUUCGUAUAUCGGUAAGGGCUGUCUGAGGGACGACCCAAACCUAAACGAAUGCGUCGUGCGCAAAGGAGCUCCGGUAAUUGAGCGUUUAGUUAAAGGUGACCCAAAGUACCGGAUACCGAAGUUAGAUCCUUUGGUCAUACCAGAGUUAACAAUCAAUCAAGGUACCAAACAAGUGGGUCUGACGAUGACGUGCAAAAACUGCGAGCUGCACGGACUUAAAGAGACACGAUUCGUCAAAGCCAGAGUGGAUGAGAAAAAAAAACACGUUGAAUGGGACUUUGAACUCGAUCAAUGUAUGUUUUUGGGACAAUAUUCAGUUUCAGGACAAGUCCUGAUAUUGCCGAUCAAAGGCGACGGAGACGCCAAUAUCACAGUCAACGGAAUAACGUUUACGUAUUUGUACGACUACGAUCUAGUCAAACGAGCGAAUGAAAGAGACUAUGUUGAUAUCACCAAGAGUGAAUUGAAGUUCAAUGCUAACGGAAUGAAAUUGAAAUUAGAUAAUUUAUUCAACGGAGACAAGCUUUUGGGAGAUAACAUGAACCUUUUUCUAAACGAGAACUGGCGGGAUUUACUGAAAGAGUUUGGACCUGCCAUCGGUGACGCGUUCGGAACGAUAAUGAAAAACACGCUGGGAUCGGUGUCUGACCUAGUGCCGUACGACUUUAUUUUUCCAACUAGUUAA